AUGGGCCGGCCCGGCUCUCCCUCCGCGAGAUGGGCCGGCCCGGCGGCGCGCGGGCAGUGGCGGCGGCGGCGGCCCAAGAUGGCGGAGCUGCAACUGGACCCGGCGAUGGCCGGGCUGGGAGAGGGGGGUGGGAGCGGGCUGGGCGACGGGGGCGGCCCGGGCCGCGGACCUCCCAGCCCUCGCCCCGCCGGCCCCGCCGGCCCCACGUCCCGCGGCCAUAGCCGCCCGCCCGCCGCCGCCGCGCAGCCGCUCGAGCCGGGUCCCGGACCCCCCGAUCGGGCAGGGGGCGCCGGCGCGGCCCGCUGGGUCCGGCUGAACGUGGGCGGCACCUACUUCGUGACCACCAGGCAGACCCUGGGCCGCGAGCCCAAGUCUUUCCUCUGCCGCCUCUGCUGCCAGGAAGACCCGGAGCUGGACUCGGACAAGGAUGAGACGGGGGCCUAUCUGAUUGACAGGGACCCCACCUACUUUGGUCCUAUCCUCAACUACCUCCGCCACGGGAAACUCAUCAUUACCAAGGAGUUGGCAGAAGAAGGUGUCCUGGAAGAGGCAGAGUUCUACAACAUCGCCUCUCUCGUGCGGCUGGUGAAGGAAAGGAUACGGGACAAUGAGAACAGAACUUCCCAACCUCACUGUCCGUGGUUGUCGCAGGGCCCCGUGAAGCACGUGUACCGAGUCCUGCAGUGCCAGGAGGAGGAGCUGACACAGAUGGUCUCCACCAUGUCUGACGGCUGGAAAUUCGAACAGCUCAUCAACAUCGGGUCUUCCUAUAACUAUGGGAACGAGGACCAGGCCGAAUUCCUCUGUGUCGUCUCCAGAGAACUAAAUAAUUCCACCAACGGCAUCGUCAUAGAGCCGAGCGAGAAGGCGAAGAUUCUUCAGGAGAGAGGGUCUCGGAUGUAAAGGCCAGAAUCCUGGACAUGGAGAGCGCCCGGCAGAGCACCUCUGGAAGUUAGACUGGCUCCUGUGCAGUGAGCUCCUGGGAGCAGCGCUGAGCCUGCCCCCCGUGGGGAGUUCUGGUCAGACCGAAGGAGCCGCACCCCACCCACAGGAACCUGAAGACAGACGUGACUUCCGGCUGCAGAUACCUUUUCAGAAACCUGCUUUGUGUCCUAGCCAGCGCUAUAACACACCUGUACAACCGCGUCCGGGCUGGGUUCCCAGUGGGGCUGGGCCGGGAGGGAGAGGAAGGCUGCUCCCGCCGCGCUGUGCUGCAGGAAGGGGAGCAGAGAGGACAGCCCUGAGCUGUGCCCGGCCUUCACCGGAGUGUGGCGAGGUGGCGCUGGCACCAGCCGCUCUGUAACCAUCUUCCCUCCCUCUAUGCACCGCACACUAACGUAGCAGACGCAGAGGAGUCUGGCUCCCAUUUGUCGAACUGAACGGAGGGUUUUGGUAAAGGACAGAGCACCCCACAUUCCUAUGAACUAAGCCUCUCUGAGGACAGGAGGAUGGGGAGUGCUGCUCGUUUGGGGCGAUCGGCUGCUGCCACGUCCAGCUUCGCCUGCCUGUCUCCGAAGCCCGGGCGGCCGGGCGGCUGGCCUCGCCAGGAAGAGGGUGGAGGCAGGCGGCGUUCUGCACCAGGUGAGACGGACAGAUGGGAGCUGUAGGUAGUCGGUGUAACUGCUUCCUCGGCCUUCUCUUACCCUCCCUCGGUCCCUCUUCCUUCCUGACUGUUUAAACUGGGAUGAAGGGACUUGGGACCCCUGGUGGCAUGGGGUGCGGAUGGCUGUUUCUUUAAGAGUUGCCAAAUGCGUCCUGUUCUGGUGUCCAAAGUGUUAUUUCUGUGAUUGUCUCCUGGGAAUGCCUUGACUAACAUGUACUAUUUGUCUGUGUGUCUCUUGGUCGCUCACUCUGGCAGCCCUGCCCCCCAGCCUUGUCAGUGACCCCCCACCUUCCCGCUGGAGGGUAUGCGUUUGCGGGGCAGCCUGAGGACUCCCUCCCUCACCCCGCCGCACUAUCACUUCCUUCUGGGGAGCACCCUGCCCUGGAGGACCGAACGCUGUCUGCCCCGGGGAGCUGAGCUGUGGCCACAGCUUGUACCGACCUCCUCAGCGUUGAGUCUCAGAGCAGCCAUGACUGCCCGGGGCCGGAAGCCUUGUGUUCCCUGAUGCCCUGAGCGUGCCAGGUGGGCCUAGACGGGAGGGGGCCUCUCCAACACCCAUCUGUGAGCCACCGCCAGCCAGAGCUGCUGGUUUCUCCGCAGCUCAGCUGCUUGCUGGGGACCCGGGGUAUAAUUUUUGGAUGUGACUGGAGACUGUGCCAAUGUCUCUUGGGCUUGUGGCCUGCGUGCGCAUGCCCAGGAUUCUCCCUCUGACCCUAUUUCCCUGUGUGAAGUAGGAUAGACGUGUGUCUGCUGCCAGACGGCUGCAUGCCAGCCCGAGGUGCACACUGGCACCUCAGAAGUCUGGCCAGCGCCCAGGAUCUUUACUGCUGUGAUGUCGAGGAACUUCUGCCUUCAGUAAAGGCCGUCACCUUCCAGAAAGGGUGUAGGCAUCCAUCCUGUCAUCUUCUGGGGGGAGAGGGGGGUAAAUAUGUCAGGGAAAAGCCGCUCUGAUAGGACAGAGAACUGGAGGGGUCUCUGCACAACUGGAAUGAGGAGCCUCAAAUGAAAGGAGGGCGGGACGCGCCCAGUGAGACGUGCUUUCCUGGGCACUGGGCGCGCUGCUGACCAGCCUGGUCCCGGCCACGGGAGGCGGCGGAGGCGGGCGCGGCCAGCCCCUGGGAUGCCUCUCCUCGCAGAAACCCGCCGCGGCCUGGGACGGCCUGCCGAGCCGCUCAGCCCUCCGAGCAGCAGCCUAAGUGACGCUCUCGUCUCCUCGAGGCUGGCUUUCCCCCGCUCCCCUCCUGGCAGCCCUUUCAGUGGCUCCAUCGCUCCGGAAAUCUCAGGUCAUUUGUUUCUUACUGGGAAAGUAUUUUACCCAAACCCUUCACGAGCCAAAGGGGUGUUUUUCUUAAAAGCCUUCCCCCCCCCCCGGCAGAGUCUGGCUAAUCAGAGGCCUGGCCGUCGGUUGGGGGUGCCACGUGACCAGUGACCCAUCCUCCAGCUUCCGGCGCUGCCAUGGGGAGUGUCUUCCUGCUUGUCUGUGGCCACAGGCCGUGCGGGCCAGGCCUGGGGAGCAGCCGGUAUCCGAGUGGCAGACAGCAGUGGGCUUGCCAUGUGCUCAGAGCUGCUCUGCCCUUGGCGGUGAGGGGGGCCAGCCUCUAGGAUGACUUCGUCCCUGCGGUUGUAGCUGAUCUCAGGGGUGUCGGGAGGGAGGGGCGGCUGCUGAGGGGCAGGGCUGAGAGGACACCCACACCCUGCAGCGCGGCCUUCGGUCCUGACAUCAGGGAGCAGGCCCCCACCUGUGGGUGCCCUCUGUGACAGAGUGCUGGGAGAGUGGAAUGGUGCGCCUGUCCUUUUCCUUUUGGUCAAUAAACACGUGACACGAA